AACCAAUUUCGCUGUGAGGUUGUAAUCAAAACAUUCAAUGUCUCGAUGCAAACCCUCAAGAAUUUUGCGGGCGUUUUUUUCCACAGUAUACCUACCGAUGAAAGGCGACGUUCCUUGUCCAAGGACAGCAGCGCCACUAUAAUUGCUGAGUUAGCAAAUCUACUGAAUGAGCUGAAGAAUGUUCACACGAUUAUGGACACUAUCAAAGUACGUUGA